UAAAAACUGAAAAGAACCCUAUUAUUAUCAUUGUUGUUGCAAGCAGAGCAACCACUUCAAUAGUAGUAGGCAUGGCGGAGGAAGUUGAAGAAUCGAAUAAUGCAGUCAGAAUAUUCGUGGGAGGAUUGGCGGAAACAGUCAGCAUCGAAGACCUUCGAAGCUUAUUCUCCUCUCUUGGCUCCGUCCAAGCCGUUCAAACAAUCCGAACCAAAGGUCGCAGCUUUGCCUACAUUGAUUUUCACUCCGACCCUAAAUCCCUUUCUAAGCUCUUCAGCAAGUAUAAUGGGUGUCUGUGGAAGGGUGGAAGGCUGAGACUUGAGAAGGCCAAAGAAGACUAUCUCACGCGGAUGAAGAGAGAAUGGGAGCAUGACGCCCUUGAUGAUGCUACUCAACCGCCUCCUAGUUCUCCUAAGGAAGCCACCACACAUUCUUCCAAGUCAAAUACCAAACAUCUCAAUAUUUUCUUUCCCAGAUUGAGAAAGGUGAAAUCCAUACCAUUCAGUGGAACUGGCAAGCACAAAUACAGUUUCCAGAAUAUUAAAGUUCCUCCACUCCCUGUGCAUUUUUGUGAUUGUGAAGAGCAUUGUAGUCCCUUUGUCACUGAAAGAGGGAGGCUAUCUAUUGAUGGGGCAGCUGAAAGUGCUGGAAUGAAUGAUGAAGAGAUUAGCAUAAUGAAUGCAGUGAUGAAUAAGCUACUUCAAAAAGAAAAGAUUUCCAGUGUUGAGAGCCUUGGAAAGGAGAAGGAUUUGUACAAAUCACCUGAUACUUUACAAUCUGAUGAAGGUGAAGAUAGCGCAGCAGAUGAAGACGAUCUCAUUAUUAACAUGGAGACGAAGAGAAAUAAAACAGCUUUAAUAGGGAACCAGGAGCUUGAAAGAAUCCUGGAAAAUCAGGAAUCCUGGUUUAAUAAAACAAAAAUUGCUAUGGAAGAACACAACAAUAGUAUGCCUGAAGUGGAGAGAAGGAAUAAUAGCAAUCCCAACAAGAACAAGAAGAGGAAAUCACUUCCCAAAUUGGAAAUGGAAAGUAAUGCAGAAGUAUCAACAACCCCUGGAGGCAAGGGUAAUAAGCAGACUCUUCCAAAUAAGGUGGGAUCUGGUGCACAGCGUACUGAGCCAGAAGAUGGUUUUGAGGAAUUGACUAAAGUUUCAUGGUCUCAAAAAUCUUCAUGGAAAGAACUUCUUGGUGGUGGAGGCAAUACUUCAUUCAGUGCUUCUAUCAUAUUGCCAAAGUUGAACUGUAGUAAGAAUCAACAAAGAUCCGAUGAUCUGUGUGCACCUGUAUCUACAGUCAGUAAAACUGAAAACAUGGAAAAGGAAAGAGAAUUGUGGAGCAACCCUACCAAUACGCAAGUGAUAAAAGAGAAUGCUGAUGCUCAACCUACCCAUACACAAGUGACAAAAGAGCUUGCUGAAGCUGCAAAUAAAGAAAUGAUAGAAGAUGUUACCAAAAAUCAGCAUAAUGUGGCACCGAAUAAGACAGGCAGAGGAGCUUCAUGGCUGCAAAAACAAUCCUGGACACAAAUGGUUAGUGAGAAUAGCAAUUCAUUUAGCAUUGCACAUAUUCUGCCUGGUAUUACUUUUCCAGAGCCAAAGGCCAAGGAGCCCAUUGUGGUACCUGUCAUUUCCAACCAUUUCAAGCAUAAUGGUGUAGCUAAGGGUACUAUUAAUGAAGCUGUGAGUAAUCACGUGUAUAAAUCAAGGGAGACUAUACAAGAAAAGAGUCAGCAUAUCAGUGGCAAUGACGUUACUUUUGCUUCAGUAGUUGAGGAAAAGGUUGAAACAAGUCCCAGGGAAAAAUCCCCUGAAAAUAUUGAAAUAGGUGAAACGUGCUCAUUUAUGAGAAGUGCUGCAUCUUUGAAGGAAUGGGCAAAAGCUAAGGCGGCUAUUAGUGGAUCACUCAAAAGAAAAAGUGGUGAGAAGUAAGAUGAGAAGGUUUCCAUAGGACAGAAAUGUCUGACGGUUAAGCAGCAUUAUCUUUCACAUGGUUUUGUGCUAUAUUCACUCCCAGUUAUUGUUCUUUUCGUGCAAGGAGAUGAAAGUGAAAAGUAAUGAAGGACAAAUUGAUUUUCAAAAUGACAUUUGCAAUUUGGAAACCCAUUUCCACACUUCUCUUCAGUUACAUCAAGUCUGGCUCAGAACGUUCUUAUUGGUACUCAGUCAGUGAUAUAGCUAGUUCAAAUUGGUUAUUGCAUCAGAAAUGUUUUGUAACCGUCAUGGUUCAACACAACCCCGUAAGUUUUCCGAUGAAACCAGUGAUCCAACCGUAGCUUAACUAGUCUUAGCGAAUUUGUGAUCAGGUGGUUUAUGAAGUGAAUUGGUGUAUUGUGAGUUUUUGAGAUUUUUAAGGUAUAGUAUGAACAUUUUCAAGUUUGAAGUUUAUAAUUUAUGAAGUUCUGGAUAGAUU